AAAGAAAAAAAAGAAAACAAAAAAAACAACAGAAACCUUAGGAAUGAAGAAUUAAAUGAAUUAAAUAAAAAGUACAACUGAGAGCUUCAAUGGCACACUAGAUCAAACAAAAGAAUUUCUGAACUUGCAGACAGGACUUUUGAAAUAACCCAGCCUGAGGGAAAAAAGGAGAAAAAAAAGAGUAAAAAGAAUCAAAGAAAGUCUAUGAGACCUGUGCCACGAUAACAGAUUUUGAAAAUAUAGAAGAGAAACAGAGAGAGGAGACAGACAAAGACACGGAAAACUUAUUUAACAAAAUAAUAGCUGAAAAUCUCCCAAUUCUUGGGAGAGAUAUGGACAUCCAGUUCCGUGAAGCUUAAAGGGUCCCAUACAUAUUCAACCCAAAAAGGCCUUUUCUAAGGCACAUAAUAAUCAAUUUGUCAAAAGUCAAACACAAAGAAAAACUUCUAAAAUUAGCAAGAGAGAAGCAUCAAAUCACAAAUAAACAAGUCUCCAUUAGACUACCAGUUUUCACAGCAGAAACCUUGACGGCUAGGAGAGAUUAGGAUGAUAUAUUCAAAGUGCUAAUGAGAAAUCAGUCAGCAAAGAGUACUGUACAUAGCACAGCUACCCCUCAGAAAUUAAAGAAAUAAAGUCUUUCCCAGACAAGCAAAUGCUGACGGAAUUCAUCACCAUAAGACCAGCCUGACAAGAAACGCUUAAGGGAGUGCUUCAAUCGCAAGUGAAAGAACAAUACUAACGCAAACACACAGGACACUAUCAACCUAACUGUUAAAAGUAAAUUCACAUUCAAACUGAGAAUUCUACAUUACUGAAAUGAUGCUUUAGAAUCUUUCAAAUCACCCUUGAGAAAGCGGAACAUCAAAAUAGUCAAAAAUAUUUCUAUCUACAAUGAGUUCUUAAUAAACACCCAAUACAGAACAAUAUAAAUUAAGGCAAAAAAGUACAAAUUUUGUGCGCUGACAAAGGAUGUGGGGGUAGUAUAGCAGGUUCGUGUGUGAUCAAAAUUUUUAUCAACUUUAAAUAGUCUAUCGUAACUCUACAUCUUUAAAUGUAAGCUCCAGAGUAACCAGAGAAAAAAAUUACACCAGAUAUGUCAAUGAAAGAAAGGAAUCAAAGCUUAUCAGUACAGAAACUCACCAAACCAUAAAGCAAACAAUAAAAAAAGAAGAAAGAAACAACAGAUCUACAAAACAACCAGAAAACAAUUAACAAAAUGACAGAAGUUAACUUCUUGCCUUUUAAUAAUAUCUUUGAAUACAGAUGGUUUCAAUUCUCCAAUAACAAGAUGGAGAGUGGCCAAAUGGUUUUUCAUACAUGUUUCCCCAGUCCAGACACCCAAGAGUAUGUCCCUCUCUUGGGCAUAAGAAAAUCUAGAGUUAUAUUUAGGGCAUCAUGUGUGGUGAACAGUUGACCGAGCUGGCAUGCUCACAAUGACCAAAUUAUGUUCGUCAUAUUUUAAUCCAAUACACUGAUCUACUAUGAACUUGUAAAUAAUGUAUUUGCUUUGUAGACACAUUCCAGGAAGACCAGAGAAACUGACUUUUAUCCAUAUGGAAUAAUCCACUGGCAAAUUUCUUUUAGGACAGACCAAAGCUCAUCUAGAACAUAAUCUUCACAUACUUGGAUCCUUCCCAUCAGACGAAAAAGAACAUCUGGGCUGAAAGGCUCCAUUAGAAGAGCAAUGUGGGAUGGUGCUGUGCUGACAACUGGUAGUCCCUGCCCUACAUCUCUGUAGAGGACUGGAGCCCAGAGCAUGCCAUGGUCAACUUGUAUGUUGAAGUGAAGACCUCCUUCGAGGUGUGCAUGUGCUUAUUACAGAUAUGCCACGGUGCUAAGUACCCCAGGACUACAGGAAAAAAUAAGAAUAGAUGCUGUAUCCAUGAUCAUGAGGCACACAGGCCAGAGUGCCAGCUGUGGAAUUGCACGGCUCGGGUUCAAAGCCUGGCUGGGCCAUGACCACCUGAAUGACCUGAGGAAUGGUCUCAGGCAAAUUUGUAAAAAGAAGCGGAGACCCUGCCUGCCAGGGAGGCAUGUGGUAAGAGGCAGCAUCCAGUCAGGUCAGGGCACCGCGUCCUCUCUUUGGAAACCUGCGGAGCAAGGCUGGUGGCCCUCGAGGCCACAACGGCCACGGAGAAGGCGGGCCUGGCUCCGGGCAGCAUAGAGGCACUAGAGAGGCCCCGGGGGGAGCCUGGCGGGAUCUGGCUGGUCCUGCGCUCUGCUUCCAGCAGGUCCUGGCCCUGUAACCCGGGGGACAGGGCCGGCCAAGACAGGGCCACUGGGUGCCAGCCAGCACCUGGGCCAGGCGCCAGGCAGGAAGGGCUCUGGCGGAUCAGCCCCGCGCCCCCAACAGCCCCACAGGGGGGCCCAUCCAGGGCCACACACCUGCCCCCAGGAGCAGGAUGUCCCUGAGGCUAGAGUCCAGCUGGACUGGUGGAAGGGUCUCGCCCUUUGCCCUUUGACUCCUCUUGUAGGCACCCUCGCUGGGCUCCUAAGCACUCCUCCACACCCUGGCUCUGUCACCAGCCCCAUGGUGAUGUCAUAACUCCCAGGUGCCCAGUGUGCACCUCACCACAGAGAAGUGGGUGACUUAGGAGUAUCCUCUCUGCUUCUGACCCUUAGUUUCGUCUGUGCACAACUCGAUCAAAAUGGGUAACUCACUAAGCAGAUUUUGUUCCUGGUCCCGCCGCAGGUCCUGGCCAUGCCACCGGCAACUUGCUCGUCUUGUCCGUGAGGCCUUCCCAGCUGGCCGGGCUCACCCCGCGGCUCCUGCACCUGUGCCUGCCCCGGGAAUCCUGGGCCGUUUCCCACUCCUCUUCAACCGUCAGCGAUAUCUUCGGCCUUCUUUUCCAGUCAGGUGGGAUGGCGCCCCUAUGAGGCUGUGUCUUAUCCCUCCGAACACGGGCGCCCCACAGAGGGUCCUGCCUCCUGUGGUCUGGAGCCCCCCCUCAAGGAAGAAACCCGUGCUGUCUGCUCGCAACUCCAUGAUGUUUGGACACCUCAGCCCCGUGAGGAUCCCUCCUCUCAGAGGCAAGUUUAACCUCCAACUUCCUUCAUUAGAUGAGCAGGUGAUCCCAGCCAGGCUCCCCAAGACAGAGGUGAGGGCAGAAGAGCCCAAAGCAGCAACGGAGGUGAAAGACCAGGUAGAGACCCAGGGGCAGGAGGACAAUAAAAGGGGCCCCUGUAGCAAUGGGGAAGCAGCCUCCACCUCUAGGCCCCUGGAGACUCAGGGAAACCUCACUUCCUCCUGGUACAAUCCCAGGCCCUUGGAGGGAAACGUCCACCUCAAGAGCUUGACAGAAAAGAACCAGACUGACAAGGCCCAGGUGCAUGCAGUGAGUUUCUACUCCAAGGGCCAUGGAGUCGCCAGUUCACACAGCCCUGCCGGAGGCAUCCUUCCCUUUGGGAAGCCUGACCCAGUUCCAGCAGUGCUCCCUGCCCCAGUUCCGAGCUGCUCCCUGUGGCCAGAGAAGGCAGCCUUGAAGGUGCUGGGAAAAGACCACCUGCCCAGCUCUCCAGGCUUGCUGAUGGUGGGGGAGGACAUGCAGCCCAGGGACCCCGCAGCUCUUGGAUCAAGUAGGUCUUCUCUACCCAGAGCUGUCGGCCACAGGUCCCGCAGUUCCCGCAAAAGAAAACUGUCAGGGCCACCGCUGCAGCUGCAACCGACCCCUCCCCUGCAACUGAGGUGGGAUAGAGACGAGGGGCCCCCACCGGCUAAGCUUCCCUGUCUAUCUCCUGAGGCACUGUUGGUGGGUCAGGCUUCCCAAAGAGAAGGACGCCUCCAGCAGGGCAACAUGCGUAAGAACAUGAGGGGGGUUAAGUAGAACAUCAAAAUCCAGGAGACGAAAACGGCUGCUUGAGAGGAGAAAGAAGACACGGCGGGGCAGGCGUGGUGGCUCACGCCUGUAUCCAGCACUUUGCGAGGCCCGGGGGGGGGCGGGGGGGGGGCGGCGGGGCGGAUCAGGAGGUCAAGAGAUUGAGACCUGAGGAGCAUCUCUGCCUGCACCAUCUGGGAAGUGAGGAGCGCCUCUGCCCAGCCGCCCCACCGUCUGGGAAGUGAGAAGCGC